AUAACGUGUAUACAUAAACUAAAACCUAUACGUUUUGAAACUAUUGUUAUAGAAUUAUAGAUUUUCAAGCCAAAUUGAAACAAUAGUGGAAUAAAAAAUACAUAAAAAUUAUAUUUUCUAUUUAUAAUUUUAAAAAUAAACCUCAUAAGACGGCGUAUGCAUUACAAUACUGAAUCACAAUUAUUUUUUUUUCUGUUUGUUAACUGAUUGGAAAAUUUAAGCUACCAAAGACUAUUCUUGCGUCUACAUUUUUUAACUUCCAUUUGAUAAUGGAAGUGAAUGCAAAAGUUUUAUUUACAUUUCUAUUGGGCGUCUCUACGUUGGCGUCUGGAUUCGUUAUUCGACCAUAUGAAAACAUUGAUUAUGAGGUACCGGAUUAUAUCCCUGGAGGUGAUAAAGAGUUAGAUCUCGAAGAAUUGGAACCUGAUACUAUCGACCAAGACCUGCCCGAGAAGACGUCGACGACCGCCACGAAAGUCACAACUAUUUCACACACUACCACCCCUACCACCCCUACAACCCCUACCGCACCUGCCAUCCCUACCGUCGUCUAUGAUCCGGAUGAUAGCUAUGAUGAUGAUUGUGAUUGUCCACCUCAAUUUCUAAUCUAUAUUUACGAUCGCAUUAGCAAAUAAUAAUAGUAAAUACCUACUGUU